GAGAGAGAGAGAGAGAGGUGAGCAGAGCACACACGUCGCACUAUCAACUGAAUCCAUCUAAGAAAACAACUCGCAGGGAGUCCGGAGCUCCGAGCUGCGCAGCCACCUAAAAGGCAAGUUUUGAGCUUCCACCUCCUUCCUCCUCCUGCGAACCAAACGGCGCAACCACCGGGACGGACGCAGCUGGUCCCCGCGUCAUGGCCCGCGGCGGAUCAGGCGGCGGACACUUCGGCGAGCGCGUCCUCCCCGUUCGGGCAGCAGAGUGUGGAAGAGGAGAAGUGCCUGCCGCCGCUUCCUUCGCUCCUUACGCGCCGCAGACGGUGUUGAGUUAAAGCGGGAGGAAAACGCGCACGAUAAUUUUUUUUAAAAAACAAGAGAGAAAGGGGGGAGAUUAGAAAAUUAAAAAAAUAAAUGGACACAAACCCAGUGGAAGGACCCAUGCAGGCAAAUAUGCUGUUCCGUAGACUCGCCGGGCUGCUGAUCGGAACCGACUCGCACCGAGCUGAGCUUUACGCACGGUCAUACAGCGGGACCGCAUGAAGGACGGAGGCGUAAAGAAAAGGGGAAAAGUUGAAUGCGGUAGCGGGGUUUGCGAUGGAUAAAGGCUCGUCAAAGGUCUGUGGAUCCAAAUGUCACCCCCCUUGGACUCUGCCCUGGUCGGGGACCAGCAGUGUGUGACGGACAGGCGAGCGGAGCCUGCGGUGGCUCUCUUACUGCGUGGCUUCAAAUUGGCCCUGGCUGAGCUCUGCAUGGAGCAGCGAGUGAAGAGUCCUGCUAUGGUCUGAUGUCUCAGCAUGGAUGGAGUCAGUCAGAGGACUGGCCACCACUAAUGAGACCAUCGCUCUUCAGCUGAGGACUAGCAUUUACAGGAUUACUCCCACGGUUUCCUGCUCUUUCCCCAGCUAACUGCAUCAUUACCAAACUGUCCUAGGUGGACUUUUCGUGGCUCUGGUUUUUGGUGGAUAUAUACGUCAUUGCCUUUCUGAUUUUCAUAUUUGUUUUUUUGUUUUUGUUUUUUUUUUUGUUAUUGUUGGUUUCCAUUUUCCUGUUUUGUUUUUCCACUAUGGAGUUUCUGGCUGGACCCUGGAAUAAGGAUUGGGCUUCAUUCUUGCAGUUUUGGUUGACUGUCAUCCUAAGCCUCCAAAUGCAGUUCAGCCCGGGUGCCUCUUGCCCGGAGGAGUGUCGUUGUGACAAAUCGUUCGUGUACUGCAACGAACGCAGCCUGACAUCAGUGCCUCUGGGGAUACAGGAGGGCUACAAGGUCCUCUACCUACACAACAACCAGAUCAACAAUGCUGGCUUCCCUAUGGAACUUCAUAAUCUGGUCUCCGUGGAGACUGUGUAUCUCUACGGCAACCAGCUGGAUGAAUUCCCUGUCAAUCUGCCCAAAAACACCAAGAUCCUGCAUCUCCAGGAGAACAAUAUCCAGACGAUCUCCAGGGCAGCCCUGGCCCAGCUGACUCAGCUAGAGGAGCUGCACCUGGAUGAUAACUCCAUCUCCACAGUGGGGGUGGAAGAAGGGGCCUUUAGGGAGGCGGUAAGCCUCAAACUCCUCUUCCUCACCAAGAACCACUUAAGCAGUGUUCCCAUUGGCCUUCCUGAGGACCUGAAGGAGCUGCGGUUGGAUGAGAACCGCAUUGCUGUCAUUGCAGAGGAGGCUUUCCAGAAUGUGACACGCCUGCAGCGCCUCCUGCUGGACGGGAACCUGCUGACGGACGAGGGCAUCGCACCAGGGACCUUCCAGGGCCUGGCCACCCUCCGUGAGCUGGCCCUGGCCCGCAACUCUCUCACCUUCCCCCCUCCCCUCCUGCCCAGUCAGUCACUGAUCAAACUCAGCCUGCAGGAGAACCAGAUCGACCAGAUCCCUGUGGCGGCCUUCGCUGGUCUAAACAGGCUGGAAAAGCUGGAUAUUUCCACCAACCAGCUUCAGACACUGACGCAGGGCGUGUUCGAUGGCCUGUCGAGCCUGAGGCACCUCAUAGUGCGAAACAACCCGUGGCGCUGCGACUGUGCCGUGAAGUGGGUGGUGGUGUGGCUCAAGUCUUUGCCUUCCUCCAUCAACGCCCGGGGCUUCGUGUGCUCGAGUCCGGAGAAGGUGCGUGGCAUGACAAUCAGAGAGCUCACGCUGGAUAUUAUCGAGUGUCCCGUUUAUCCCGACCAGCCGCCCUGGCCCACCCUCCGCUCCACACCCCCUCCCCCACCCACCACCACCCCUGUCACCACCAUGAUCUCCACCCUCAUCACCACAUCCGUCCCUUACUACUUCGACUCCCCCUCCCCUCCUCUACCCCCAAUCCAUAACCCCCCAGGGCCCCUGCCUCCUUACGAGGACCCCCUUCAGAUCUCCUUCCACGUGGUGAACUCCACCAGUAUCGAGGUGAGCUGGGCUUCCUAUUUCACCGUCACAGCCUACAAGGUCACUUGGGUCAAAAGGGGCCAAAGCCAAAUAAACGAGGGGAUGCGGGAGAGGACGGUGAGCGGGGACCGGCGGCACAUCAGCCUCACCAACCUGGAGCCGCGCUCGGUGUAUCGGAUCUGCGUGCACGUUCUGGACACCCUUAACUCCUACAGGCCCGGAGAGGAUACUGUGUGCUCCGAGGCCAGGACCAAGCCGCCUGCGUCUACUAAGCCUCCCGGCAGAGAGCAAGCUCCUCAGGACAGCAUCAACUCCACGCUGCUAAUGGCUGGGAUCAUAGGCGGCGCGGUUCUUAUCAUCCUGGUAACGCUGCUCGGCCUGUUCUGCUGGCACAUGCACAGGAAGAGCCGGUCGUCUUCGACCAAGUGGAAAUACAACCGCGGCAGGAGAAAAGACGACUACUGCGAGGCUGGAACCAAGAAGGAUAACUCCAUUCUGGAGAUGACUGAGACCAGUUUCCAGAUAGUGGCGCUGAACAAUGAGCAGCUGCUCAAGGGAGAUUUCCGCAUUCAGCCCAUCUACACGCCCAACGGGGGCAUUGGAUUUAGAGACUGUCACCUCAGCAACAACAGCAUAGCCUACUGCAAGAGCAGCAACGUGCCCAGUACAGAGUUCUGCCACACGUGAUGCAGCAGCGCACAGUACAACGGCAAUCACACAUACACACACACACACACACACACACAAACACCAGAAACACUCGCAUACAGACACACACAUACACCGUUUGUGUAGACAACAAAAAAUAUAAAAAUUCUAGUGAAAUAUAACUGUACUAUAUAUAUUUCCAAGUUCUGUCUACGAUGUAAUUUAUACUGUGGAUAAUAAUGUGGGAUUCUCUGCUAUCUUUUUUAUUCUUAGAAGAAGAGAUACAAGUGUUUCUUUUUUUAUAACCAGCAGGGUUUUGAAAGUUGUUUUAAUGGUCAGUACUGUACAUGAACAUGGAUUUGUACAAUCACGGCACCCUGGGUGUAGCUUCUGACAAAAACGCUGUCAGCCUUGGAAAUGUUGAGGGGGGGGACGCUUCAGAGGGCUGGGAUCCUUUGCUAACCACAGAAGCAAAAAUAUGGCCUUUUUUUUGCGCUUUGAAACCCUGCAAUCCCUCCCCGGUACAAGAGAACAGCGGUAAAAGACAACACAGCACAGGGGAAAUCCAAACACUGCUGAUUAGAGCGCUGUGGAAAUACAGCAGUGGUGUUGUAAAAAAGAAUCGAAGUGCACUUUCUUAUUAAUGGUAGCAAGGCAGGAAGUGAGCGAUCGCGUGUAAGGGAUUGUGGAAGGCCGUGAGGGGAGAAUGUCAUCGGCGCUGUCGAGAAGCGUAGGCUGAGAUUUCCCAAAAGUAACGCUAAAAGCAUCUUUGUUCUGUUAGUUUACAGUGGAAUGAAGGUGGGAUUAGUCAGGAGGACGCUGUUGGGGAAGAAAAAGAAAGGACGUGCCAUUUUCAGCAAAUUCAAUUAUUAACACGAGCGUUAAAGCAACAAAGGGUGAUUGGGGCUAAUGAGGUGCUGAGACUUGCAGAUCCUUUUUGGAAAGUUUCUACUUUUUUUUCCCCCCUCUUGUUUUGGCGAGUGAGGCCACAAGGGGGCAGUUUUCCUCAGCACCACAUGUGUGUGUGUGUGUGGGGCAGAGGAAGAGAGGGCAGAGUGAUCACUUUACCUCCACCAUUCCCCUGGAGCCCAUUACCCAGACGACAUUACUCAUGCUCAAACAGCAUUGUGUAGAGUAUUCUUGCUCAUCGAGCUACUUAAUGAUGUGGAAUCAUUUAAAACUAACAGUGUUUUCCGCGUUUGGUGGCUAAAUGAUAUGGAUUUUCACCACUGUGGUCUGCUGUGAGACGACGGUUCCUCCCUCUGUAUACGUGUGUGUGCGCGAGAGAGAGACGUGAUGGAUUUGCAGACGGCUCGCACAUAAUUAUACACCCACUUAUUUCAUCCCAGUCCCGGCGUUCAUUAGACUUUCUGAUAAAUUAUGAAAUUACAACAAUAAGAUGGCGCCCCGCCCCCCGAUCGCCUCAUCAAGCUCCUCCGUCAUUUAUCCUUUCAUCCACGCUCUCCAAAAACGGCCUGCUUCAUUCACGCUUUGCUCACCUGAACAAUGCACCUUCUGCAAGGCUGACUCUCGCUCGGUCUGCACACAUUUUCUGUCCCUGCCUGUGUCUGACUCCGCACUCUGAUCCCUGCAUGGGCUCAAUUAAAACAGUUUCCCUGCCCUUCAGCUCGUAGGCUGUGGUGGCAGCUCUUUGCAUGUGAGGUGCCAGUGAGAGGUCUUCAUUAUGCACCUCUUAAGAAGACUUUAUUUGACUUGACAUGAUUUUAUUUUGAGGGCCCGAGCUUAAAAGAAACCCCCCCUCCUUUCCCUCCCUCUUCCCAUAAUCCUCAACCAAAAAAGGGAGAAAAAUAUGUAGACCUUAUUUUCACUUGGCUGCAUGAGGCUCACGCUGGGUUUUUUAACUCUUUGCGCACGGAUUCAGCUGCUCGAACACACUGUACACGGCAGACAAACCGGGCUUAAAGCAGAACCAUUUUUCAAGGGCUCGUACUCGUGUUAUUCCAGAGUGUCGGGAUUAUCUUCUGAGAGGAUUUUACCUCAGCUGUCGGAGUAUCUUAAAAAAAAAAAAAAGUAGCUGCACUUACUGUAUUUCCAGCAAUAGCUCAGAUCACGAUCACAUGGACUUUAAUUUGAGACGUCCCCCGGCCUCGGUGCUUAAAACCCCGUUUAACCAUUAACGAACACGAUGGAAGAAGUUAAUCAUCUGUCUUAACGUGUCAUUUAGUGUCGUAUUAUGUCGUGAAACAUUAUUUUUAUUACGAGUUGGUUUCAUGUUUUUAGAAGCAGUUUGGGAUAUUUUGAAAGGACAAACUCUACUGAGAAGAUAUUUAAUGCAGUAGUUUUAUGAGCGUUACCUGAGAAGAUCGAUACCACUCUGAUGUCAGUAUGCUAAACAUGAGGCCUAGCUUAGCAUUAAGGCUAGAAACAGCUAGCCUAGCUCUGUCCAAGGCUAAGACAACAUUUUAGCCGUUGUGUAAAAAAACAAAAAAAGAGCUAUCAUAUGUGCUAAUUAGUGAGUUUUGAAGGUGCUGACAGGUUUGGACAGAACUAGAAUGGCUGUUUUACUGCAUAUUUAUGGCUAAGCUAACCGGCCAAAGACUGUAUCAAGAGAUGGACGUAGCAUUCUGAAAAGUGAUGCAAAUACAAAAGUGACUAAAACCUGCAGCUAGCAGGAAGCGGUGGCUCUGGUUACAAAACGAGGUCAGGUUGUCUGUUAGAAAAUGACUCGACUUCUCACUAACCCCAACGAUACAGACAUGAAUUUUAAUGAUUAUCUCAUUACUUGGUGGUGUCUUUGCAAAAUGUCAAACUGUUCUUUUAAGUGGAAAAAGAAAAAAAUCGUGACAUUUUUACACAUCCGUUUUGUGUAAAACAAAUGUGAUCUAAUGUGCUAAUUAGUGAGCUUUGGAGGUCCUGGUGGGUCUGGGAUGGCCCUUUUUCCAGCUAAGCUAAGCAGCCACAGAUUGUAUAGAACAGAUGGAUGUAGCCUCGGGGUGACUUCAACCUGCGUGCUUUCUAACAGCCAGCAGGGGGCGACUCCUCUGAUGGCAAAAAGGAGUCAGAUUGUGUAGAAGUCCAUGAGAAAACGACCCUAACUUCUCAUUUGAUUUGUUCAGUCAGUAAUCAACAAAUGAUUAUUUUCUCAUCAAUCUGUUGAUUGUUUAGUCGAUAAAAUGUCAGAAAACGGUGAAAAAUCUGCAUUUCUUCGAGCCCAAGAUGAAAUCCUCAAAUGUCUUGUUUUGUCCAUAACCCUUAAUAUUUAUCUUAAUUUAAUAAGCUGGAAUCCUUGAGGUUUGACUUUCUUGUCCUAUAGAAUUACUCAGACCAAAUAAUCGAUUUUCAGAAUAGUUAGCAAUGAAUUCCGUAGUUGACAAUUAAUCCAUUAGUGGUCUCCACUUGGUAAACAUUUUCUUAAUGAAGUUAUUGACUCAGUUGCUAAUUUCAAGCCUCCUGCAGGACAGCAUGAUGCUAAUGUUGUAGAUUAUGGUUCCAUUUAGACUAAAAUAGACGAUAGAGCUGUGUGUUUCAGAGCAGGACUACGUUGUUCGUAGUGUCCCAAAGCUCCACCCUUGGCUCAGCACGUUUGGUUGUCAAAGGCUGAGGCGGCAAAACACCACAGAUGCUACGUCCAUCUUUACAAACAGUCCAUGCUCUUAGUUCUAGCGUCAUAUUUACCACACGGACAUGAGAGAGGUAACGAUCGUGUCAUUACUCAAAACGACAGGCGAAAAUGGAAAGUUCAUUUGUGCUGCCAUCACUGAAUACGGUACACCUCACCUCAACUAACAUACAUGAACAGUUUGAAUGGUUUAUGUUGGGUUUAUUAAUAUCUAGAACUUCUGUGGUUAUCAAAGCAUCUCCACUUUUUAUUUCAACCUUUUUUUCUUUUUUUGUUUUUCUACUAAUAUCCACAUAUCAGCCACAUCCAAAACACCCACCGUCCGUGGAGACGCACCGGGCCGCCCUGCCCUGCGCUUAGAUCAACCCUGCUGAGCGUCUAGCCGACAGUUCAUCGUGUGGUUUCGCUUCAUGCUGCACCAGCUGACCAUAAUCCCACGCAGCGACACUUGAACAUGUACAACUGAUACUGUUUCUUUUUUUUUUUUCGUUGCUGUUUUUAUUUUUCGUUCUAGAUAAGAAAAAAAAAAAGAAAUAAAAAAAAUAAAGAGCCCUAUUUUAAGUCACUUGUGGAUCAAGCAAGUCAGGUCAAACCAUUGCAACGUAUAGCAUCUCCCCUGUCUGUGAAUGUGUAACGGAGACAGAUAUUUGCCUUACCUUUUAUGCAGGACUGAAUGAUUAGAGGGAGUUUAAGUGGGAGGAAGAGAAAGGAUGAGACAUAAAGAGACGGCAACAAGAACGCUGAACUGAAAGCACAUUUCUCCAACCGACUGCAGCAACAAUAACGGGAAGAGCAACACAAAGCGUGACACACACAGUAGCUAAACGAGAGACUCCGUAGUGCCAGAAAUUAAGCGGUGCAUGGCUAAUGAUUCAAGCAGACUGGGAAGGAGCUGCGGCGGCGGUUGUUUCGCAGCGUAUAUUACUCUUAAUUUUGAUGAAAGGAGGCGGCUGCAGCGCCGUGACCAAUGGAAUUACACAAAAAACAUAUUACAGACUGCGAGCGUACGGUUUUAUUACUGUUUCAGGGUGCCGAGAAGUAAUUUCCCCUUAAAGCUCAUUGAUUCGCGUUGAAAUAAUUAUGUUUAAUCACUGAGACAGACGGAACACAUGAAACUGAAUAGGUUUAAAGUCACCUUUUUUCCUUCCUGCAGGCUGCAAAUAUCUAUUAGCCAGUGAUAUUCAUUCAAGAAAUUUUUGCAUGUACUGUAUUUAGCUUCAUAGCCUUUCAUUUUUUUUUUUUUUUUUUUUGUCACAACAGGGUUUGGACUUUCAAAUCUUUUUUUUUCUUUUUUUUUUCCGAGAGGUGGUUAUGAAACAGCAACCACACACUAAGGUUUUCAUGUGGUUUAGUGGAAGCAGGCAGGAAAUUUACAGUGCAUGUAAAAUGGCUAUGUUUGGGAUACUUUGCCAUCCUGGCUUCUGGAUUCUCAUCGAGACACUGCAGUGUUACGUUAGCCAUCCACACCGAGACGUUUUUCUUAGGAACCAAAGUUUAAAAAAAAUUUCUGUUCUCAUGAUGAAAUAUUGAUGUUGUUCCAUGUAUGUGCCUUGAGGUUGAACUUACAAUGUAAAGUCCUUGAAACCUUUAAAUGUUUUUGCACAAACUGUAAAUACUUAAGUGAAGCUUUUUGAAAAUAAAAGAGCCAUUGGAUUUGAGCGA